AUGUCGCAAGAAAAUCAGUCUCCUAAUCCAAGAGAAUCUACAACCGUCAGGCAAAAUGAACCUGGCUUUCCAUUUCAUGAACAGAGUGGAGACCAACCACUUCUUACGCCCUCAGCACGGGUUUCGAUUCCCGAAACACCAGGUGCCAGUCAUCGUCCACAUCGAUCUCGUCCAACUUCCUCUAAUGCUAGUGCAAGCUCACCUCCAAAGUUAAACAGGCGUAAAUCUUCAUUUAUACCUUCUGAAGAAUCCGACGAUUCUGACGAGUAUUCCGAUGAUUCUAAGAAUUCUAAAAAACGGGCCAAGAGAAAGGGCUUAAAAAAAAGGACAUCGUCGUAUAGAAGGAGAUCGGAGGAUAUCAUAGACAAUAAUAACGAAGAGGAUAAUGGUAACGACGAUGGAAACAAUGAUCAAAAUGAUUCUGAGAGUGAUCGUGAAUUUACGAUCAAGGACAGACAAGAGAGAUAUGCACUUGUUUUAAGAGAAUUAAGUUACUACAUAUUUUGGCCUUUCGGUAAAUACGUUGAAAAAAUUGACGAAUGGUCUGAAGAAGAUGAUGAGCACAGCGUUAGUAUGAAUCACCAUGGUAGUGAUUCAGUAAUAGCUAAUGGUAAUGGAAUAGAUAUUGAAAGUAAUAACCCAUUGUUGGGACGUAGGACAA